AUGGGGUUCCUUAACAUCCCGACGAGGCGAUCGAACCGUGACGGGAUAUCAGAUCGCUCCUUCCGACUUCAAGACCGUAAUCCACUGGCCACAGCAUCAGUACAAAGUGUCGGAGGGCACAGCCCAGUACGACGAGCAUCUAUGCAAAGAAUACGGAAUGCUAUAGCAAAUGGCGAAAGCAGGCAGCAACUGGCGGGACCGACGAAACCGUACUUCUUGGGCAUGCGCGGCGAUCGACCAAGUGCAGCUAAUUCAGAGGGUCGACCGAGUUUAUUGAGAUCGGCUUCGGGCCGUAGCAAAGUGUAUGGGGCUACGGACUCGGAGGCUAGGUCAUUAGCACCUUCAAUACCGUCCAUAACUGCAUCCACGUCCCAUUCAUCUAUGCGAACGCCUGGACAUAUCGAUCUUCUUGACGCACAGGGCGGGCUUAAACCCUAUGACUUCCGGGCUCGAAUACAAGCUGCUGGCGUCAGAGACUAUGGCGAAGAUGUCGCAGAACGAAAUAUGGGGGAAAAUGGUGUUGACGUCCGGAGUGUUGCUGCACAAGAAUUCUAUGAAAAAGAACAGCGAAUUUCUACCACCUCAUCCAACAUCACUCAUAUCCUCGAAGCGGAUGUUUCAACAUACAGUGGCAGUGAAGCAGGCGAUUUGUGUUACGUGAAUGGUUCAGCACAUUCAUCAACCAGGUCGCUGUCCAGGUUGUCAAUGGAGCCAAGGCAAGAAGUCAGUGGAGUUGUUGCAGGCAGAUCCCCCGCACGUAACGGAAAAGCAAAACCCAGCAAGUUGGCACUCAAAAGGACAGCAGAACGACGUGGUUCUCACCGAGACCACUUCAUCGCAACCCAAACUAGCCAGUUACAACGCCAGCAUAGCCUAAGUAGUUCCCGUGGGCGAUCGCACUCGGCCAGAUACUGGAUUUCAACCGAGCAGCCAAUCGCUGGUAAUACGAGAAAUGGCCACUGGGAAGCUCGGAAGCUUACCGCUGAAUCGCCUAGCAGAUCUAUAUCACCUCCUUGCGUUCCUCGAUAUCGACCAGGUAGCAGCUUGACUACCAUGAGAGAAGAUGAUUGCCCCGGUCCUAAUUCGCAGCUUGAGCGUCUGGAACGGGGUGGACAAGUUGCAGCCGUAAAUGGGUCUGCGCGGGAUGCGGUCUCCAUCCUAGGAAGAGAUGACUUUCAGAACGACAAUCUCGAGCGCAUAAAUGGCUCUGAUGGUGAAGAUUUGGAGUAUGGCAUCCCAUCGUCAAGCCAUACUCAUCGCCCGGCUAAAUCAAGUAUUGUACCAGCCGCUCCACCGCAGUACCACCCAGAUUGGCAAAGUGCAGUACAACGUGCAGUUGAGGAGUCCCUAGCUAAGCUGCCACUCGCCGCUGACCUGAAGGCGCUCCUGGAACUUUCACAGAGUGGGGUGCCUCUUGACGACUUUCUCCAAAAUGUCCCCGUACGCCACUCCUCGUUACAUCAAGGGUCUACUAUUAGUACGACAUCAACAACAGAUCCAUCGGAUUACGCAAGCAGCAAUACCGGCCGCCCUCACAGCCGGCAUAUUGCCACCACAACCAUUGACUCUUCUGCGAGGUUUGAUCUGUGUCACAUGAGUAGAUCCAGCACCCAUGAAGACAAAAGCUCUGCAAGCGACCAGUAUCAAAAUUCUCCAUGUCUCACGCUAGUAGCUGACGAGGGGAUCGCGAUUGCAGUUGCCUCACCUGCACCGCAUUCUCAAUCUGAAAUGAUUCAGUCUUCCAACGAGAGCGCCUCGAACCAUGGCAUCAUGGAGAUUGAGGAGUUUGAAUACUUGACAUCAGAUUACUCUGAUGUUGAUUCCUUCACUGGGAAACCUCGGCAAGUACUGGACGAGGAUGAAACCAAGCUGUUCAACCAUGAGGGGUUUGGAGAUAUCAGCAACAACCUCCCUGGCAUCGUGGAUCUGCGCGAAGCCAGUCGUGAAUACUAA